UCCACUUCCGGUCACGUGUUUCCGGUGUCAUGGCGCAGGCGGUCAAUGUCUCUGAGCUCCCCCUGCAGCAGCUGGAGACGCUCAGGAGCCAAUUGGAGCAGGAGACGGAGUUUUUAACCACCUCCAUCCAGCAGCUGAAACUCGUUCAGUCCAAGUAUGUCGAGUCCAAGGAGUGUGUGAACAAACUGAGCAAAGACAACGCGGGAAAGGAUGUUUUGGUUCCCCUGACAAGUUCUAUGUACGUACCAGGGAAACUAGAGGACGUUCAACAUGUCCUCGUGGAUGUCGGGACUGGGUACUACGUGGAAAAGGAUGUCGGUGAAGCCCGGGAUUUCUUCACGCGGAAAGUGGAAUUCCUGACUAAACAGAUAGAGAAGGUGCAGCCCGCCCUCCAGGAGAAAUACACCAUGAAGCAGGCGGUUAUCGAAAUGCUGAACCAGAGAAUCCAGCACAUGGCAGCGCUGAACACCUCGCAGACCGGAACCUCCAAGGCCUGAGUGACGCUCCGUACCACCCUGCCCUGUGACCUCCCUGUCAGACACAGUAAUCCCAGCCUGUGGGUCAGCACUAACCGGAUCACCGCUCUUUAUAACCUCGCCACACACCCAGCACCUGUAACCUGGUUACCGGGAGUGUGUCAUAGCGUGUAACCUGGUUACCGGGAGUGUGUAACUGUGUCUAACGUGGUUAGAGUGAGUGUGUAACAGUAUGUAACCUGGUUACCGUGAGCGUGUAAGUGUGUAUCCUGGUUAGAGUGAGUGUGUAACAGUGUUUAACCUGGUUACCGUGAGUGUGUAACCUGGUUAGAGUGUGUAACAGUGUGUAACCUGGUUAGAGUGAGUGUGUAACAGUGUCUAACCUGGUUACUGUGAGUGUGUAACCUGGUUACCGUGAGUGUGUAACGGUGUAACCUGGUUACCGUGUGUGUGUAACAGUGUGUAACCUGGUUACUGUGAGUGUGUAACCUGGUUACCGUGAGUGUAACGGUGUAACCUGGUUACCGUGUGUGUGUAACAGUGUGUAACCUGGUUACUGUGAGUGUGUAACCUGGUUACCGUGUGUGUGUAACAGUGUGUAACCUGGUUACCGUGAGUGUGUAACCUGGUUAGAGUGAGUGUGUAACAGUGUGUAACCUGGUUACUGUGAGUGUGUAACCUGGUUACCAUGAGUGUGUAACAGUGUCUAACCUGGUUACUGUGAGUGUGUAACGGUGUAACCUGGUUACUGUGAGUGUGUAACAGUGUGUAACCUGGUUACUGUGAGUGUGUGUAACCUGGUUACCGUGUGUGUGUGUAACAGGCUAUAACAUUGCGGUGUGUACCUCGGUUUACUGGGAGGAAUGUUCCCACGUUUGAAGCUGUCACAGGGUGAGUGUAACCUUGCAGCCGGUGAGCGGAGUGUUUACCGCCUUGUUGUGUAUUUCCCUGAGACCCUCUACAUUAUAAUUACCCUCCACAUUCA